CAAACAUAACAAAAGUAUCAAAAUCUUCCACCAUGAGAAUACUGUAGAACUAAAAACAGUUGUUCAAACUGUAGCCUUAUCUCAACCAUGUGAUCCCCUUCUUCUUCCUUCUUACAAACACAUUGAGGGGCACAUAUCUUAAGCAUAUUAAAGACAUUCAUGCUUAAAUGUCAGCAAACCACCUCAAGCUUAAAUUUGACCAAUGGAGCUACAUCAUCCCCUUAGCGCCACAAUGGUGGAAUAAUUCUCAUGCUUUUGUCAGAUUAGAUAAAACAGUAUGACUUUGGUGGUUUGUCACUGUCUGCUGAACAAACAAAUGUAUUGGUAGCCUCAUGUUAAUGGCUGCCAAUUAUCCAGUAUUUACUUUUUAAUGCUGUUAUAACAGUUGUCCUGAGAGCCUGUUUAUGACCACCAAACAUGAUAAAAAUCUGUCAUCUCUCUCACUUGUUUGCGCCACUUUUGAGAGAAGAAAGUUGGGGCCACACACUCUGUUGGAGACAGGCAUGGACAAAUACAUCUCGUAGCAUUAAAGCUAAAUUGAAAAAAAAAAAAGGUCUAAAUUACAGCAUCAAGGCAAAAUUUUGGCCAAAACACUUCGAAUACACUAUUGUGGGAUGUCUGUGUCUUAUUUAAAACAGUUGAAAAAUACUACACUAUGGGGUGUUCAACUACCUGCUCUUGUCUGCAGCUCGUCUUCUUGCAGCAGUAGCCUCUCUUUGGCCACAGCAAGCUCCUCCUCCGCCCGUUUAGCCACACCCUCAGCCUCAGACACUCGCUUCCGAUCCAGUUCCAGCUCUUCCUCCAGGUUCUGUGUGGGUAGGGAUGGUGGCAUGUGGGCACAGAAGAGAAAAACACAAGACGACACUUUUCCUCUCUAUGGAAGGACGGCAGUGACAAACACUAUUCAGCUCACGCAUGCCUCCGCCCCGUCAGGAUGAGGUGGAGUACUGCGGCGCCUCCACAGAGGAAACAUGGCUGUAGACAACGAAAUAGACGUCAAGGAGGCUUUUCAGCGCGCCCAGAAAAGCCACAACAACAAGGCGAAGCUGGUGGCUAGCCUGAAAAGCCGCUACAACAAGCUCGAAGACAAGACUUCAUUCCACGAGGAUUUUGUCAGCUGCCUGAAACAUGCCAUGAUUGUCUACAAGCGUGAACCCACGGUGGAAAAUGUCAUCGAAUUCGCUGCGAGGUUUGCCACAAGUUUCCAAGCUCCUUCUAAAGCUGAGGAAGAAGAAGAAAAAGGCGAGGAGGAAGAAGAAGAGGAGGAUCAUCCUUUCUUGAGUUUCAUUUUCAACUUUCUGCUUGAGUCUCACAAGGCCAGCAGUCAUGCGGUGCGCUUCCGUGUGUGCCAACUGAUCAACAAACUGCUGGGCAGCAUGGCUGAGAAUGCUCAGAUCGACGACGACCUCUUCGAUCGCAUCCAUCAAGCCAUGCUUGUGCGUGUCACGGACAAGUUUCCAAACGUGCGCAUACAGGCCGCCUUGGCCAUGACCCGACUGCAGCAGCCAAGUGAUCCUGACUGUCCCACCAUCAAUGCCUUCAUGUUGAUCCUGGAGAAUGACACCAAUGCUGAGGUGAGACGGGCCGUCCUCUCCUGCAUUGCCAUGUCGCCUCGCACCCUGCCCAAAGUACUAAAACGCACCCGCGAUGUCAAAGAGAACGUCCGCAAGUUAGCCUACCAGGUCCUGGCUGAUAAAGUUCAUGUUAAAGCUCUGACCAUUGCACAGAGAGUGAGUCUGCUGGAGCACGGACUCCAUGACACAUCAGAAGCCGUGAAGGAGGUGGUUUGCGCCCGUCUGCUGCCUGCCUGGUUGCUCCGUCUGGAUGGAAAUGUGGUGGAGCUUCUCCAUAGGCUCGAUGUGGAGAAUUGUGCCCAAACAGCUCUAUACAUGCUGAAGGCCAUAUUCAAAGGCAUGGCCGCUGAUGAGUUGCUGCAGAACAGAAUGCAGCUGGACAACAGGAAGCUGAUCCCGAUGGACUCUCUGACAUGUGAGAAUGUGCUUUACUGGCGAGGUCUGUGCGAAUUCAUCAAGGGAAAAGGAGAUGAUGGUGAUGAAAUGUUGGAGCAAGUGUUACCAGACGCUGCUACGUACCCAGACUAUCUCUACGGGUAUUUGCAGACGGUACCAGUGCUGUCGGAGGAGCAGAGGGCCGACUUGAACCAGCUGGAGUUGGUGAUGACCAAGAAGUUCAUCUCACAACAGCUCAUCCAUCUAAUCAGCUGCCUGGAUACCAACGAGGAGGGUGGCAGGAAGCGUGUUUUGGCUGUGCUGCAGGAUAUGUUGGCCAUGCCACAGACACCCUCCUCGCUGGUCUUCUUGCUCACAGAGAAGCUCCUCACACUCAUGUCUGACGAUCACAGACGCAUUCAGAUUGUAGCAGAAAUCAUCUCUGAUCUGCGGGCGCCAAUCACGGAAGCGAGUCAGCCACUGGAUGAGAAUGCGAGCCGUCGCCAGCAGGUUCAGCUAGCAGAGGUGAAGGUGCGGAUCUUGGAGGCCAAACAAGCCUUGGAGGAGUUCAUUGCAGGACAGGAUUUCAACCGUGCUGCCGAGCUGAAGGAGUCCAUCACAGAGCUGGAGAAGGAGCACAAGAUCAUCCAGGAGAGUGCUCGGCCGGACGACAAUGAGAUCCGCACUGAGAAGAACGACCCAGAGACGCUGCUGAGAUGUCUGAUGAUGUGCGCUGAGCUGCUGAAGCAGAUGAACAUCAAGAAUAGAAUCAGUCCGACAAUAAGCGCAUUGAUGUCCUCACUGAUCCUGCCCAGCAUUGCCAGUGCUCACCCCACUGUCCGUAGUAUGGCGGUGGUCUGUCUAGGUACAUGUGCUCUGCACUGCAAGGACUUUGCCAAGACCCACAUGGUCCUUCUGCUGCAGAUUGCACAGCUCGACGACGUCAAGAUUCGUAUCAGUGCCCUGCGAGCCAUCGUCGAUCUGCUGCUGCUGUUUGGCUUCCAGUUGCUCUCGGAACCUGGUUCUGAUCAGAAGUCAGCAGAGAGGAUGGAGGAAGACGAGGAGGGAGACGUGGCUGAGGACACGGCUCAGAGCAUCGUGGUGAUGCUGUCAGAGUUACUGGAUAAUGAGGUGUCGGAACUGCGUACAGAGGCAGCAGAGGGCCUGGCCAAACUGAUGUACACUGGCCGCAUGUCCAGCGCCAAGAUGCUCUCUCGUUUGAUUCUGCUGUGGUACAACCCAGUCACAGAAGACGACAUCCGCCUCCGACACUGCCUGGGUGUCUUUUUCCAACUCUACUCCCGCGAGAGCAGGGCGCACCAGGAAGUUGUCGAGGAGAGUUUCCUUCCGACUGUACACACUCUGUUGAAUGCUCCUGCCACUUCUCCUCUCGCUGAGGUGGAUGUGAACAACGUGGUUGAGCUGCUGGUGGAACUGACCCGUCCGAGUGCACUCAUGAAGCCCUCAACUAACACAGAGAGGGCGAUUACUGCAUGUGCCAGUGAGGAAGUGUGCGUCCAUGACUACUUGGCAGUGCGCAUAUGCGGGGAGAUGCUGAAGGACCCCACUGCCCCCGAGGUGCGUCUCUACGCCAAGACUCUCAACCACCUUGAGCUCAGCAGAGACGAGACGGUCAAAAAAGAUCUGCUGUCACUUAUGCAGCAGCUUGUCCAGGUGGUGAAGGACCGCGUCUGCCUCCGAGCUCUGGAAAAGAUGAUUUCUUACCUGGUGGAUUCCAAACAGCAAGCUGAGCUCCUCAACGCCACUGCACUGCAGCCGCUGGACGUCAACGCUGAUGAAACUGCCAUGGAAUGUCCAUCUAAAUCAGCCAAAAAAGACAAAAGAGGUCAAAGGAAGGUCUGUGCAGCCAAAGGAGGCAGAAAAGCAAGCAAGAGAGCAGAGUCAUCAGAGGAGAGCGACGGAGAAAAUGUUCCUGACUCGGUCCCUGCGGUGCGACCUUCACGUAGAGCCAAGACUGCAGCCCUGGAGAAGACCAAACUGGAUCUCAAUCCCCUCAUCAACCAGGAGGCCAAUGUUUCUUAGAAAAAAAAUAUGUACAAAAUACAUUUACGCACAGUAGGUCAUACAUUUUUUCCAGUAAGAUAUCUACGAUUACUUGUAUAUGGUAAGUUGAACAAAAAUAAA